AUGCCGGAUAUCGUCUAUCUCACGGCUGAUAAACAGUUUACACGACAUAUCAAUACAAUAGCUGUGGAACGAGGUCUUGUACAGGAGGAAGACAUCUCAGAUGAUGAAGUAGAUUUGAAUGCAGUGACUCAGUUUGUAUCUCCGAUAGUUGCAUCUCAAGGAAUGCUAUCAAAUGAACUCAAUAAUCCAUACUCUUCGAUCUCAUGUGAAGAUGGAUUCAUAUUUGUACUAAAAGAGCUUGGUGAGCAUCUGUAUAUUGCCAUCAAUGGUGAUGGGGAAGAAGAAGAGGAAUUUUUAUUUCGCAAAUUGCAAAUUUUACACCGGCUUAUAGAGCUGUUGUAUGGCCCUGUUGCGGAGAAGCUACGUGGCGAUAGUCACACAGAACGGUGCAAAUCAUGGAGUCAGAUGACAAGUCUGAUCAACACAUGGGUCAGACUGUACAAAGAAGAACAGGCAUAUUUACUGGAGGCGGUUGAAAGACUCCAUGUAAAUCAGAGUUUAAGUGAAUUAUGUAUUAACUUAUUAGAAAACAGUUUAACUAAGAUGAAAAGCACCGGAGAAAGAAAUCCCGCUCAUGCUCUGUUGACAGUGAAAUCAAAACUCCUGGCUCUUUAUUCAAGUAAAAAUGCCAGUGAAUUGCAAUCAUCUGACCUACUACUGAUUAUGUUGGUUGUGCAAGACAUGUAUCCAUCAACACAAACAAUUAAUGAGUUGCUGGCUACGCAGCCCAGGAAGGAAAAACAAAAACCAGCAACAGAAGGCGCUUCUGUUCAGCCUGAUGAGUAUGUACUACCAAGCGAGGACUUGGAGGGUGAUGCUGAUGUCAUGGAGCCUGAAUCAGAAGUGAUUGAUCCAGAGACUGAAGCAAAUGAUGAAGAGAGUGAGGCAUCAGCAAUGUUUCGCAGUAGUCUUUCAACACCACCACCUAGAGGGCGCUCUCCAUCAUCCUCUCCAACACAGCACACAAGUACUCCAGAAAUAUCAGUAAUACAUGCUAAGACCAGCAUUGAGGUCGAUGCAGAGUUGCAUCAUGGGAGUAUGUUAUCUCCUAUCACAUCCCAAGGUGAAAGUCUAUCGGCGCCACUGGGUGUAUCACCUAGUCCUUACAUACAAAGAUUAAAAUUGGCCUUAUCUGAAGCUACCACUAGAGGGCAGCAAACAACAAGUGAGGAUGAACUUUCUUUUCUUGAGCGAUCAACUAUGUCAUACCAAGAUGAAUCAUUUGGUAAUUUUCAUGUACUUGACUCCAGUAUGGUCAGUGUGACUGACAAAUCAUUGCCUUCACAACGGUUACCAGUGUUUCUAAAGUCUAUACCAUCAUCACAUAAACCUCAUGAACUGCAUGUCAUCCAGGUGUUACCAGAUACUGUGCUUGUCAUACUUACAGAGAAUAAAAGCAGCAUGUCUGGUUUCAUCACUCGAUCUCUGUCAAUACUUGAAGCAAUAGUGAAAAUUACAAACAAGAGAGGCAGCAGUAACGUAAACGCCAGGCAUGUGAUCGAAAUAUUGGAUGACAACAUUAAAAAAGUCUGUGAUGUCAUCAAGAAAUUUAAAGGUACAAGUAUUGAAAACACCAAUUUUGUAUUAAUUAAGAAAUGGUUGAAUGUCAAAGGUCAUGGUUUAGUGGAUUACUUGGAAUCUAACAUGUCAUUACCGAUGUCUCCAAGGUUGGAAAAUUCUAUAUCAGAACUGAUCAAGUAUUUGAAAUAUAUAUUCCGUCUGCGUUUUUUAUCGCCACGUCAGAGGAGCUGCGCAGCGCUGAGAAAAUACAAUCUAAUCAUGACAGAUAUUGAAUAUACAAUCAAAGGAAAAUUGUGCCACUAUAAAGAUUACUUAUCGGUCAAAGGUCAACGUAAUGUAACCAUGACAGCCUAUAUGGAAGACUUUCCUGGAUUGGUUCAUUUUAUCUAUGUUGAUAGAACUGUGGAUGUCUUAACAGCACCCUCGCUCAAUAGUAGUUGUGAUACUUCGAAAGAUGACAGUGAUCCGACGCAGUUGUUAAAAAGCAAGAUUUGGCAAAUGGUUAGAGAUUCACAUCGUUAUUUACAGAAAGGGUUUAUUUCCAUGACGAAAAGAGAUGGUGAUUAUCAUUAUUCAUACUUCAUAUGGUUUGAGGAUAACAGUGGUAAUCCGCUUCCAAUUCAACAAGCACCAAGAUUAGCAUCAUUUGAAUUCGGUCCUGGUAUCAUUGCGUCUCAUUUCUACAGUAAACUCACCAGACAGUGCUUUCCAAAUGCACCCAUUAAAUCGGUUCAUUGCUAUGAGCUAAUGUGUAUGCAUGUUGGCGUUGUACCAGUGCAGUUUGCCAUUAAUCACUGUCAGAAUCUAGCGUCAGUAUUAUGGGAAACUUCAGGUGAACCAAAUUCACCAAUCAGCUUGCUUUAAAGAUCUUCUGAUCCGGACUCAAUAACAGAACUAUUCCUGGACUUUCAACGCCGGAAUCAGCAGGAUUUCGUAUCAUCAGUUGAAAGACUGCACCCUCAACUUGGUGGAAAAGAGCAGCUGGAAUAUGUGAUUUGAAGGAACACUAUUUGAACAUGUGAACACCCUGGUGAAGCAAAAGUCAUCAAUCAUCUGGCAAAAAUAUCUCAAAUGAUUAUUACCUGGUUAACUUAAACUAUCUUUUUCUUGAAAGCACCGUUUUACUAAAAGGGAAUUUCUCUGAGUCAAUGCAGGUUACUUACAGGAUUAUAUCUGA